GACGGUAUAAUGGCCAGCCAAUGGCGUGCGGGCUGGUCACAUGGUGCCGCCGGAGGCUGAGGGGAGAGAAGUUGGGUCUCAGUGAAGCCAGGCAGCUCAGGCGGCGGCCACGGGCUGCGAGCGCUCGGGCUGCAGGCGGCGGGGGAGGCUGAGCCGCUCCCCCCGCGGGGCGCCCGGCCGGCCGGGGCGCUGCCGGGACCAUGCCGAUCCUCCUCUUCCUCAUAGACACGUCGGCCUCCAUGAACCAGCGGGCGCACCUGGGCACCAGCUACCUGGACAUCGCCAAGGGCGCCGUGGAGCUCUUCAUGAAGCUGCGGGCCCGGGACCCGGCCAGCCGCGGGGACAGGUACAUGCUGGUCACCUUCGACGAGCCGCCCUACUGCAUCAAGGCUGGAUGGAAGGAAAAUCAUGCAACAUUCAUGAAUGAACUGAAAAACCUCCAAGCUUCAGGAUUGACUACCCUCGGGCAGGCUCUCAGAUCCUCGUUUGAUUUGUUAAAUCUCAAUAGAUUAGUAUCUGGAAUAGACAAUUAUGGACAGGGGAGAAACCCGUUCUUUUUAGAGCCAUCUAUUUUAAUUACCAUCACGGAUGGAAACAAAUUGACACAUACUGCUGGUGUUCAAGAGGAGCUUCAUCUUCCUUUGAAUUCUCCUCUACCUGGAAGUGAACUAACCAAAGAACCAUUUCGUUGGGAUCAAAGGCUGUUUGCCCUAGUGCUGCGUUUGCCAGGAGCUUCUUCUGUUGAACCAGAGCAACUAGGGAGCGUACCCACUGAUGAAUCUGCAAUCACACAGAUGUGUGAAGUGACAGGAGGUCGCUCCUAUUGUGUGCGGACACAAAGAAUGUUGAACCAGUGUUUAGAAUCUCUAGUUCAAAAAGUUCAGAGUGGUGUUGUUAUUAACUUUGAAAAAUCAGGACCAGACCCAGCUCCCAUUGGAGAAGAUGGACUUGUUGAUUCACCCAGGCCCAUCAAUUCAUUUGCUUCUCAACCGUGGCAUAGUUGUCAUAAACUCAUUUAUGUACGACCUAACCCUAAAACUGGUGUUCCUGUUGGGCAUUGGCCAAUUCCAGAGUCAUUUUGGCCUGAUCAGAAUUCACCAACUCUGCCGCCACGCACAGCUCAUCCUGUUGUGAGGUUCUCCUGUGUAGAUUGUGAGCCAAUGGUAAUAGACAAGCUUCCUUUUGACAAAUAUGAACUUGAACCUUCGCCCUUAACGCAGUACAUCUUGGAACGAAAGUCUCCCCAUGCCUGCUGGCAGGUAUUUGUGAGUAACAGUGGAAAAUACAGUGAACUUGGCCAUCCAUUUGGGUAUUUAAAAGCAAGCACUACUUUAACCUGUGUAAACCUCUUUGUGAUGCCUUACAACUAUCCUGCUUUACUUCCUCUGCUAGAUGACUUGUUUAAGGUUCACAAACUUAAGCCAAAUCUGAAGUGGCGACAGGCUUUUGACAGCUAUUUAAAAACAAUGCCUCCUUACUACUUAUUGCCAUUAAAGAAAGCCCUAAGGAUGAUGGGAGCUCCAAAUCUGAUAUCAGAUAAUUUAGAUUGUGGACUUAGUUACAGUGUUAUCUCUUACCUUAAAAAACUCAGCCAACAGACAAAAAUUGAGUCGGAGAGGAUAAUAGGUUCGGUGGGUAAGAAAGUGCCACAAGAGACUGGAAUUAAAGUGAAAAAUCACUCCAGUGGCCUCUCCCUGGUUCAUAGCAGGGAUUUUAAGCAGCUGCUACAAGGGAUCACUGGUGACUCUCCAUUGAGACUGGCUGAAAUGAAUGUUAAAGAAUUUGCUGGCUUCCAUAUAGGACUCUUAAACAAGGAUUUGAAGCCACAGGCAUUCAGAAAUGCUUAUGAUAUUCCUCGUCGCAGUCUUUUAGAUCAGCUAACUAGAAUGAGAACCAACCUGCUGAAAACACACAAGCUUAUCCUUGGACAGGAUGAAGACUGCCUUCACAGCGUUCCUGUUGCUCAAAUGGGAAAUUACCAGGAAUACCUGAAGAUGAUGCCUUCUCCCCUUCGGGAGAUUGAUCCAGACCAACCAAAAAGGCUUCAUACAUUUGGCAAUCCUUUCAAACAGGAUAAGAAGGGUAUGAUGAUUGAUGAAGCAGAUGAAUUUGUCGCUGGGCCUCAGAACAAAAUUAAGCGUCCAGGAGACCCCAACACUCCAGCAUCGCUAAAGAGAAGACGCAGUAUGUCGCCACUGUUGAGAAGACCACAGUCACCGCCUGUUAUAACUAAUCAUGUUGGUGGGAAAGGACCACCCUCUCCUUCAGGAUCACCGUCUUAUCCUAAUCUCAGAGCCAUCCCAGGUCACAAAGAUGCCAACAGCAGUGUAGUUCAAGAUGCUAAUGGAGGGAAGAAGGCCGAAAAUUGUCAGUCACUAGACAAACAAAUUGACGGAUUGUCUACACAAAUGGUUCCAUCAAUCCCUGCUGCUAUGGUAGAUGAUCUGCUACCAAAUGACUUGGACUCUUUGCCUGAUGAAUUCAAUUGCUUAAGUGAAGAUGGACUUGAUCAUAAAUCUGCCACCAAUGCACUUGUUAGAGGACCUCUAAAUUACAGCAUGCCUGUUGAUGACCAAAAAAUGGUAGUGGAGUCCACUUCUGGGACUGUGCCAAACUCAUUGCAAAUAACACAUACUAUGUUGGAAGGAAACAAUGCUGAUGUCAAAAUAAAAGUGAUGAAGGAGGUUCGCAAACCUGGAAGAAAUUAUGAAAAAAUCUUCACUCUUCUUGAGGAAGUGCAAGGACCUAUGGAAGUUCAGAAAUAUUUCAUUGAAUUUGCUAUCAAGGAAGCAGCAAGGUUUAAAAAACGGGUCUUAAUACAACACUUAGAGAGAAUACUAGAGGAAAUAGAGUUCAGCAGUCUACCCAACAGAGUUAAUCAUGUCCACAGUAGAUAACAGUGUACCGGCAAAAGACACACGGAUCAGGGAUGAGUUUGCUGUGCCACAGAAGAAUGAAGGAAGACGUGGCUGAUGCCCUCACCAUCUUGGCAGUCAAGUGAUUUUACUGUCAGAGUCUGAGAAGAAGCAGUGGAGCUUUAACUUUAAGAACCUCUGUCGGCAGAAGCUGGGCUAUAACCUUAAGGAUUUGCUAUGAAAGGUGUGGCUUUUUUCCUGUGGAGGGUGCUAUUCGCUCAACAGGCUGAAGAAAAUAGCCAUUGCUGCCCCUCCUGCAGGUGAUGAGAAUUUACUCAUUUGAACAUUGUCAUUAUAGACAUUUACGUGCUGUAGGCAGCAGGUUGCAUUAAAAAUGGGGCCUGUCAAACACGCACACUGUCUGCAUUCUUUGGAAAGAUCCUGUGUGUUCAAAAACCUCCCAAAAACACCCACGUGGUAAUAUUGCAUGUUGCCACCACAGAGACAAGGGUCGUGUUCCCAGGAACUGAUAGCCAUGCCUAUAAACUUGAGUUUCAGUGUAGAUUGAAUCAGAGUAAAGAAACUGCUAUUCUGUGUUAAUGAAAGCUAAAGACAGCCCUGUGACUGUUACCACCUGAUGGUCACUAAACAAUCUACCUCAGACUCUCUUCUGUUUUGUCUACAGACAUUAUGAAAGUGCACCUGAGGCUUCCCAGGUCCCCGACUUCAGUUCUCUUUCAUCCUGUGAGGAGGACGGAGAUUCUUCAGGUGGCCUUGGCACACGCUGUGCUUUGGAAGCACUAAAAGGAAACGCUUUUAAAACGUGUAUUUUAAUGUUCAUACAAAAGAGAUUAUUUUGAACAGUAUUGUUACCAGAUCACUAAUUUGAUAUUUUAAUUGUACAAAAAGAAUUUUUGGAACACGUGUAUAUAUAUAAAAUAAACCAUUUAUUAAUUUUUAAUAA